AUGGACUUGUUCCGGGUCAGAUUGAACUGUAUCGAUCACUACCAAGCGACUCCAACGCGAUAUGACCCCCAGCUUCGCAACGAUGUCCGUCCUUCUCAGAUCUCGAAAGGGCCCAAGGUUCCUGUCGUUAGGAUCUUUGGAUCGACAGAGACAGGUCAGAAAGUGUGUGCUCACGUUCAUGGCGCGUUUCCGUACCUGUACGUGGAAUACCAGGGGAGCCUAGCUCCUGAUGAAGUCGGUGCAUACAUCUAUCGUUUUCAUCUGUCCAUCGAUCAUGCAUUGGCAGUCAGCUAUCGGAGAGACAAGAAAGGCGACAAUGCGAGGUUCGUUGCGAGGAUCACCCUUGUCAAGGGAGUUCCGUUCUACGGCUUUCAUGUGGGAUACCGCUUCUUCUUGAAGAUCUACAUGUUCAACCCUGUUGUUAUGACGAGACUGGCCGAUCUUCUUCAGCAAGGCGUCAUCAUGAAGCAGAAGUUCCAACCCUACGAAGCGCACCUUCAGUACCUUCUCCAGUUCAUGACUGAUUUCAACCUCUACGGUUGUGACUACUUGGACGCUUCAAGUACCCGAUUCCGGUCUCCCGUCCCCGAAUACGACCAGGGAUUGAACUCGACGCAUUUAUGGCACACCCGGUCCAUCCCUGAAGGGUACAUCACAGAUGAAACCACACUUCCUCGAGCCAGCCACUGCUCGAUAGAAGUAGACAUCUGCGUCCAGGAUAUUAUCAACAGGAAGAAGGUCAGGGAAAGGCAACUUCAUCACAACUUCAUAGAGCGAGUCAGCCCAAUUCCCGGAGACAUGAAAUACGUUUACAGUAUGGCUGGGUUGUGGAAGGACGAGACGAAGAGACGGAAACGAAAGAUGCAGAACCCUGGCCCAGGGAGCAGUCCAUUCCCACCAGAGGUUCUUAUAUCAAUGUCAGCCAACGUUCGAGACUCGCAGCCGCAGGGUUGGAUCCAUGAGGACGAGUAUCGAGCUCAGAUUCAAGAGCUUAUUUCAGCUGAGAGGGGUGCAACUUCUGACGAAUUGUCCUUCGACAACUUUGCCAAGGCCCUUCCGUACGAGGAACAAGUAAGAACCACGUUGCAGUCUGUUGAAGAUCUUUUCCCUUCAACCCUUGCACCAGUAUUGGGUCUACCAUCAGGGGUAGAAGAAGCGAGAAAAGAUCCAGCAAGCAGCAUUGAAGUUGACGAACGCAAGAUGCGCCAAGUCGGCGACUUUCAAGAUGACUUCUUCUCUGAUGACUCGGACGAGGAAGCCAUUUCAAUGAUGGUGUCCAUGGAGAGGGCUGCUGCCAAGGGGCGUAAACAGGAUACCACGGCCGAUGCCAUGGACGAUUUGGACGACGAUUCUUUGGACUCACUGCUUGGCAUCUGCCAAAGUGGUCUGAAGACUGGAAGACUGCCUGACAUUCCCCUGAGCAAAGAGUUGCUUGAGUUGGCAGAAAACGAAGGCUUAGUUGGCCGCACCUGGAAGACUAUGCCGUUCAACGCACCUCUACAGUUGAAGAGGCCCUUGUCCAGCUCGACAUCAACUCUAUCGCCCAACAAACGACCCAGACUCGCCGAGCCGCCACUCAUCGAUGAUGAUGAGAUGCACUUGGUUCCCGUUCCCUCAGACUCGGCCAAACCCUCAACCUCUACGUUCAGAACCCAUUCAAUCCUCAAAGGGCGUUCAUCGGUAACCAAAGCCUCGACGUCACCUUCGAAAGAGGCUGCUGGCUCCAACUCGAAACUACAUUUCCCAACUGUCAAGGACCAGAAUGAUCCUAACACGAAACUCCGUCUCAGCCAGAUGAGCCAAAAGUCUGCCUCUCAGCAAAGUGACGAUGGUCACUUCACCAAACACGUUUCCUUUGACCCCAGCACCUUUGCUCCUGGUCCUGAGAAGGGCCUAUCCCAAGUAACAUUAUCUUCCUCUUUGCUGUCAUCCAUUGCUCUGGAGGAGGAGGACGACGACGAUAGCCAGGAGUCCAAGAUCCAGCGAGCCAUUGAAAAUUUUUCAGGGUCUAAGAUUCAUCUUGUCCUGCCACCGCCUCCCUCUGCUGCCUCUGUAGUUUCCUCCCUGAAGGACCACUUUCUUCCCGAUGCCAUCUACCAGGAUGCGUAUUACAGCAAGGAAAAGGAUGUCCCCGGUCGGACACGCGAGUAUGCUGGAAAGGAGUUUCGGCUGGAAGGUAACACACUCCCAUUUCUCCCUGAGUUCGACCCGACGGCAACAGCACCAGCAAACUAUGGAAUCAAGCAUGGCGCUCUUGACAAGACACGCAUGAAUCUUCAGUUUGAACGCCGAGGGAAGAAGUGCUCGUGGCGUGGUUGGGAGAUUGCAAAUCCACCUCCAACGUACCACGAAGUUGAGAGUUGGUGGCUCGAAAAAGAGCGAGCUGCGAACGCAGAGCCAGGCUCUGACUUGCCGCCGACCCCAAGACACUACCACUCUCAGAUCGACGGUCCAACGCCAAAGAACAAGCAUGGCUUCAAGUACACACAGGGAAAGAAGACGACAAGCGUGGAGCAUGAAGCUCAGUACAUGAGCACGAUGAGCCUUGAGGUUCAUGUCAACACAAGGGGCAAGUUCGUGCCUAAUCCUGAAGAAGACGAGGUACAGUGUGUCUUCUGGGCACUCAAGUCAGACGAGACGGUCAUUGGCAGUCAGAAUCAAGCAGAGGCAGUUCAGACGGGUAUUCUUGUGCUGGCCGGCGACAGCGACUUAACUGAGCGUAUCCGGCGCCAAACCACUGCUGAAGUCAUUGAGGAGACUUCUGAACUGGACCUCAUGGUACGGAUGGUGGAGAUCGUGAGGACGCAUGAUCCUGAUAUCUUGACUGGAUACGAGGUUCAUGGCAGUUCUUGGGGCUACAUGAUUGAGAGGGCUCGUCUCAAGUACGACUACAACCUCUGCGAUGAAUUCUCUCGCAUGAAGACAGAGUCUCAUGGGAGGUUUGGCAAGGAGAACGACCGAUGGGGAUUCAACACUACCUCGACAAUCAGAGUUACCGGCCGACACAUGAUCAACGUCUGGAGAGCAAUGAGAGGAGAGCUCAAUCUCCUUCAAUACACUAUGGAGAACGUCGUCUGGCACCUACUUCACCGUCGCAUACCACAUUACUCCUGGAAGUCGUUGACGAGUUGGUACAAGAGCGGGAAGCAUCGCGAGCUCGGCCGAAUGUUGAGAUAUUACCAAAACCGGACUCGACUCGACAUUGAGAUUCUUGAGGCGAACGAGCUCAUCGCCAGAACAAGUGAACAGGCCCGGCUUCUUGGCGUGGACUUUUUCUCUGUGUUUUCUCGAGGAUCUCAGUUCAAGGUCGAGUCUAUCAUGUUCAGAAUUGCCAAGCCAGAGAACUUCCUCCUCGUGUCGCCCAGUCGCAAGCAGGUGGGCGGUCAAAACGCUCUCGAGUGUCUUCCGCUUGUCAUGGAACCGCAGAGCGCUUUCUACAACAGCCCUCUCGUGGUACUUGACUUUCAAAGUCUGUACCCGAGUGUCAUGAUCGCCUACAACUACUGUUACUCAACCUUUCUGGGCCGAAUCACCAACUGGAGAGGCAUGAACAAGAUGGGCUUCACCGAGUACAAGAGGCAGCAAGGUCUCCUUGCCCUCUUGGAGGACUACAUCAAUAUUGCACCAAACGGCAUGAUGUACGCAAAGACAGAGAUUCGCAAGUCCCUGCUCGCCAAAAUGCUCACAGAGAUUCUCGAAACGCGAGUGAUGGUCAAGAGUGGAAUGAAGCAAGACAAAGACGACAAGGUACUCCAACAACUCUUAAACAACCGACAGCUGGCCCUGAAGCUCCUCGCCAACGUCACCUAUGGCUACACCUCUGCGUCUUUCUCCGGUCGUAUGCCAUGCUCGGAGAUUGCAGACAGCAUCGUGCAAACAGGCCGGGAAACCCUUGAGAGGGCGAUCGCAUACAUCCAUUCGGUAGAGAAAUGGGGUGCUGAGGUCGUCUAUGGCGACACUGACAGCUUGUUCAUCUACAUGAAGGGUCGGACAAGGGAGCAGGCGUUCGACAUUGGAAACGAGAUUGCCAAGGCCAUCACCGAGAUGAACCCACGACCGAUCAAACUCAAGUUCGAAAAGGUCUACCAUCCUUGCGUUCUCCUUGCCAAGAAGCGAUACGUCGGUUACAAGUACGAGAGCAAAGACCAGACGAAACCCGAGUUUGACGCCAAGGGUAUCGAGACUGUUCGCCGUGAUGGCACGCCAGCGGAGCAGAAGAUUGAGGAGAAAGCUCUCCGACUUCUCUUUGAGACGGCAGAUCUCAGCCAGAUCAAGGCAUAUUUCCAGAAGCAGUGCCAGAAGAUCAUGCGCAACAACGUUUCCGUGCAGGACUUUUGCUUUGCCAAGGAAGUUCGUCUAGGGACGUACUCUGACAAAGGUCCUGCUCCUGCUGGAGCUCUAAUCAGCACCAAGCGCAUGCUCGAGGACGCACGCGCAGAGCCACAAUACGGCGAAAGGGUUCCCUACGUUGUCAUCACUGGUGCUCCAGGUGCUCGACUCAUCGACCGAUGCGUGGCGCCCGAGGAGCUUCUCAGCAACCCUCAUUGGCAGCUCGACGCCGAGUACUACAUCUCCAAGAACUUGAUCCCUCCACUAGAACGCAUCUUCAACCUUGUGGGUGCCAACGUUCGACAAUGGUAUGAUGAGAUGCCCAAAGUACAGCGAAUACGCCAUGCGACUACGCUCGGGACACGGAAGACAACCCUUGAGUCGUACAUGAAGUCUUCUCACUGCCUCAUCUGCGACAAGAAGUUCGCCAACGAGGACAAUUCGCUAUGUCCAACCUGUCGAACCAAUGUCCCUGCGUCGCUACUCACCCUUCAGACGCGUUUAUCAACCGAGGAGCGUCGCCUUCAAGAGGUAUUAUCACUCUGUCGCAGCUGUGCGGGAAUAGGGCCGGUGGAAGAUGUCCAAUGUGACAGCAAGGAUUGUCCGGUCUUUUGGACGCGCAUGAGGCAGACCAGCAAGACACGUGGAGCGCGGAAUACGAACCAGCCCGUGAUACAGGCGUUGGUUGAAGGUGUUGACAGGCUGUCACUUGAUUGGUGA